AUGUCGAACGUCCAACAUCGAACUUACGAUCCAGUAUCUCCUAUAGAACCUGAUCCUAAGCGGUCACUGCCGCAGCGAGCCCUCACAAACGACAAGGUCAAAAACAGUCAAGUCACUGUCCGUCCGAGGACGUCGUCAAGUUCUUCGUCCGGACUUUCGAUCAAGACGCCUAGGACAGCACGCUUUGCGGAAGCAACAUCUGUCAACUCACCCAUCGGUCCUAGCACAGCUGGGCCGUCACCUUUCGCCAAUCCUCCACCUACGACUCGCCACCUCAUGCCUCAACUACAGCCCUCCGACGUGGGCUUCGGCUACAUGGCCGACAAUCAGGCUUCUAAACACUCAUCUUAUGCGGGUGUGGAAGUUCCGCUGACCCCAAACUCACCCUUGAAGAGUGCCUUGAAGCCCCCUGGGACCCCUGGACGACUUGCGAAUCCACUCAGCCCAACUUUCCAUGAGGAGCAGAUCUUGGAGAAACACGAAGACCAUACAGAGAAGGAAAAUGCAAAGGACUUGAAAGUCAAAACCCGGGUCCGAAUGGCCAAGAUGUGUCUUCGAGUAACAAAUUUCAGUUGCAGUCUCAUCGUCUUAUCUAUGCUCUCAACUACUUUUACAAUAUUCAAUACCACCAAAUCGCUGCCUUUGAGGAGCAACCUCCCUGCUUGGGCUCCCAACCAGAAGACAUGGCCGCAAAUCACCCUGCUCAGCAUCUCGUGCGUAUCGCUGGCGUUCUCUCUCGGCAUCUUCUAUGCAUACUGGCGAGGUGGUCACAAGCGAGCGCAGAAAGCCGCAAUCUAUUAUACCGUCUUCUCUAUAGCUUUCUUCACAUUCAGUAUAGUCAUGUGGGCUAUCGGCGCUGCAAUAUUGAAUCAAAGCAGGAAGAGCGGGGGUGGCAAGGAUAUGUGGGGAUGGUCUUGCAAGGAUGGCAAGCGUAAGGAUUUGUUUCAGCAAGACGUCGACUAUGCUUUGAUAUGCAGACUUCAGAACUGGUCGCUGCUUUGCGCUUUUAUCGAGAUCAUUGUCGAAGUUCUCACCAUCAGCAUUUACGCCAUCGUCUUUUAUCGCUUUCACUCCAAGCGCAGGCUCGCCAAAUCAAUGGAUUUGCGUGACAAAGCUCGCUCUGAUCUUUAUCUUGCUCAACUCAGGAGUCAAUCUGCGCCCAACACCCCUGGCUUCCAGAAGACUCCCAUGACUUCCACGUUUCCGGCGCACAUUCAUGAUGAUCCGAUCGAUGCGGCGGAGAAUGGUGAACAUUACAACGAAUCCACCCAAUUCGCUUCGAAACACCAGUCAUUUUCCCAACCGAAGCCAUUCAAUCUACAGCCGCCCCCAAUCAAGGUUCACUCUGCCACUCCUGCUCUGUCCCAGGAUGGGUUUGAGCCAGCGCCACAGGUCCAGGAGCAUGUCCCGGCAGCGCCAGGCGAGCAAACAUACGAUGCAGUGCCCAUACCAGGAGCGUAUGCGAGCCCGCUUCAAAGUCCAGGCUACCAACCACAGAGCAUGAAUUUUGGCAGCGAACCGGGGCAGGCUUACACGACGGAGGGUCGGGUAAGCCUGGAAAGCCCACCUACCAGUCCUCGGUUGCGGCACAGUACUUUACGAUAG